AUGGGCUGCAGCAGCAGCAGAGAUGCAGAAACCCCGACGGCGACGACGAGGGCCAGCGCCACGACACUGCCUUGCUCUGAGCGUUGCAUUAACGACAGCAAGCGCACAGCACGCAGCCGCAGGCACAGCCGCCGCAUCGAUGUCCCUUCAUCGCUCACGCUCCGCGCAUAUGAGGAGCUCGGCGAGACCUCUGAGCUUCGCGCGGGCAGUCUGCAGCAGCUGCGGUCGGAGUUGGCGACGCUGGUGGAGCAGCGGGUGGCGGGCUGGGAGGACUUGCAGAGGGCGCUGGAGCAACCCGAUCUGUGGCUGGUUCGUUUCUUGCGCACCCGCAAGUACGACAGCGCGAGGGCACUCCAUGCGCUGCGAGGCAACCUCUCCCUCUCCCGCUACCUCGAGGGCCUGCCUGCUCGGACGGGCGGCGCAAAGCCCGGGGCAGUUGCGGCGGUCCGUUUCUGGGACCUACAUAUCGAGGAUAGCUCCGUGAGGUACGUCCUGGACAGGAGGCUCCUGGCCACGGUGCCCGGUCGUGCCCGCGACGGGAGCGCAGUCGUGCUCCUCUCGCCCUCGAGCGACUUCCUCGUUGCGUGGGGGAGGCUCGGCGUCGGAGGCUUCACCCUCGCCGUGCUCAAGCUGAUCGAGGCGCUCUCGCUCGAGCCGCGGACGCAGCUCUGCGGCAUCACCGUCGUCGUCGACCUGCGGCGCGCCUCGUCGGCCCUCAUCUCGACCUCUCUGCGGCCAGACAUGCUUCGGCUCACCGAGCGGCUCGCCUCGCUGCUCGGCAGCAAGGCCGCCUUCCGGGUGCGAGGCCUCUGGAUCGUCGGUGCGCCGUGGUACGCGCGCGCCCUCGUCAACCUGGUGCGCACCUUCCUCUCCAGCAAGCUGCGAUCGCGCCUCCACCUCUGCUCCGCCGCAGAGGACUUGCACGCCGCAGUGGAAGAGCGCCUCCUGCCCGCCGGCUUCGGGGCCGGAGGCGGUGCGGACGAGGGCGGAGCCGAGGCCAGCUUUGAAGAGUGCCUGCUUGCGCUGCAGCGGCGAGAGUCCUCGACGCGCACGUCGCUCAGGUCCUCGUCCUCGUCGGAGCCCCUCGUCUGGCAGCGGCCGAGGCACGAGCUUAGUCCGACAUAGUGUGUCCACCCCGUCUCCGAGCUCAGAGUUCAGAGAAGGAGAAGUGCCGCCACAAUAGGGUACCGCGCGAAAGUUUCCGCUUUGUUUCGUGAUGGCGGAUGCGGAAACAUUUUCCGCGCGUGCGAGGUACGCAAUACUCACGAAAUUGUAAACAAGA